AUGAAAGUGCUGUUGUUUGUGUGUAUCUUGACGGUGAUGUCUGCCGGGGAGGCGGACACGGAGGUUAACAACAUUGAUUCCGUCAUUGAGCAGCGUGAUGAUGUAGACAACAAUUAUGUUGUUUGUACACUGGCUGACGCCGCCGAGACGUCUCAGAUCUCCUUGGCAGACAUCAGCAAAUCCAAGUAUCAAGAGCGACACAACAUCAGACGGCGCUCCACCGCCUGCCAACAAGAAGCCCGCUACCGGACAAUGGAUGGAAGAUGCAACAAUGCUCGAUGGCCAACCUGGGGAUCAACCAAUCAACCAUUCAGGAGAUUUAUUGAUCCUGCUUAUGAUGAUGGCAAGUUUGUUCCUCGACUGAGGGGCGUUGAUGGUCAUCCCCUCCCCAGUCCACGUGCUGUCAGUGUGGCCGUACAUCCGGGUACUGACAGUCCUUCUGACGACAGCACAGUGAUGGUGAUGCAGUGGGGACAGUUCCUGGACCACGACCUCACCGGAACUCCCCUCCACGCAGAUACUCGAGAACAGUUGAACCUAUUGACGGCGUUCGUGGACGCCUCUAACGUGUACGGCCUUAGUGAGGAUCAGAUCAGUCAUCUCAGGAACGGACCCUACAUGAGAACCAAGGGAGAUAACCUGUUGCCAGAAUCAAACCAUGGCGGCUGUCAAACAGACAAUAGCAACGAAUGGUGUUUUGAAGCGGGUGACGACCGUGUGAACGUGUUCCCGGGUCUGUCCGUGCUACACACCGUGUUCGUUAGGGAACACAAUCGCCUGGUCAAAGAACUUGCUGGUGUCAUGCCAUCAACCACCCCAGAUGAUGUUCUGUUUGAAGAAGCCAGAAAGAUCGUGUCAGCCAUCAUGCAACAAAUCACCUACCGCGAGUGGCUGCCCAUUAUUGUAGGGCCCUUGGCCAUGAGGAAGUACAGACUGACCCCUGGCUACAGCUUCAGGUACAACUUCACCCAGAACCCCACCAUCUACAACGUCUUUGCCUCGGCCGCAUUCAGAUACGGCCACUCCACAAUUCCACGUUUCUUGACCCUGGGAGAUCGACGUGUACCCAUAGAACAACUCUUCAACAGACCUUCUGAGGUCAUCAGAGAUCUGGAUACCGUGCUGAAGGCUCUCCUGAAGGACAGACGUCAAGAGGUUAACCGUUUCAUCAACAGUGGUUUAACUGAGCACUUGUUUGAGACGUCUGACAAUAAGGGCUUCGACAUCGUGUCCUUGAACAUUCAGAGAGGUCGCGACCAUGGUCUGCCAUCAUACAACAGCUUCCGCAAGACAUGUCGGCUACCGGAAGUGACCUCAUUUCAUGACAGUGUAUUUGGUAAAGCUGGAGCUGCUUUAAGAAGUGUAUACAGAUCCCCGGAUGACAUCGAUGUCUUCACCGGUGCAGUAGCUGAAGAACACGUGUCUGACGGAGCAGUGGGCCCUCUACUGGCUUGUCUCAUUGGUCAACAGUUUAAUGAUCUCAAAUAUGGCGACUCAUUCUGGUUCGAAACAUCACAUCCAAGAAAAGGCUUUACACCAGGUCAACUGUCUGAAAUCCGACGAAUGAGCUUUGCCAAAAUUCUUUGUCGGAAUUCGGGACUCACGUCCAUCCAAAGGGAUCCUUUUACAGUGUUCUCGGAAGAAAGGUAG